UGGGCCAAGAUAGUAUUGGGAAAGCCCAGAUUCCAAGAAAUAAGUUUGGGGAAAAAGAAAAGAAUUUGUAAAGACUUUGCAAUCAACUUUUUCCAGUGUCAGAGUUACAGUAGUUUUCUAGAGAAUCAGCAAUGGAGAGACUUCGAUGUCAGAGGAUCGGUUGUAACGCUACCUUCACUGAGGAUGAUAAUCCUGAAGGCUCAUGCACUUAUCACGAAUCCGGUCCUUUAUUUCAUGAUGGAAUGAAGCAGUGGAGUUGUUGCAAGAAAAAAAGUCAUGAUUUCAGUUUAUUUCUUGAAAUUCCUGGGUGUAAGACAGGAAAGCACACAACAGAAAAACCAGUGAUCGCAACACCAUCUGCUACCAAAAAUAAAGCAGUUCCUGUGCCGGUGCGUGUGCCAGCUCCUAUGACCAAUGCAUCACCGAAAGAAGCCUGUUCUAGAUGCCACCAGGGAUUCUUUUGUUCUGAUCAUGGUUCACAACCCAGAAAAGCAAUUCCAAAAGCAUCAAAUACAGUAACAUCUCUACCUUCUGAGAGCAAUACAGUUAUACAGCAAGACCAUCCAGCUCCAGUGAAAAAGAAAAUUGAUAUAAAUGAGCCCCAAAUUUGUAAAAACAAGAGCUGCGGUAAGACCUUUACAGAAAAGGAAAAUCACGACACUGCUUGUAGUUACCAUCCCGGCCCCGCUAUCUUCCAUGACCGGAUGAAAGGAUGGAAAUGCUGCGAUGUUCAUGUCAAAGAAUUUGACGAGUUCAUGACCAUACCGCCAUGCACCAAAGGAUGGCACAACAGUGACCCAAUGUCCUAAUAGACAGGUUCAUGAAUGAGCCACACAUGACUUGUUUGUUGCAUCAUUCAUCGAUCAACUGUUGUUGCUACUCUAGACAUUGACAUAAUUUUACUUUCGAUCCAUCUGCAACUAGUUCUUUGUGUCUGUAAGGUAGACACCUGAGACGAACAAUCUAUAACGUCUGAAUUUUUUGAUAGAUAAAUCGGAGAAAUAGCUCAGUUAAUACAUUGUUGAGAUUGUUAUGACCCGCUUUAGCCCUUCGUCAUUCGCUACUGGGUAUCAUUUUCCUUCUGACUAUGUUACUUGACUCUUAGAAAAUGUUAAUGUGUGUCGGA